UGGCCAGCAUCCAGAGGCUCCCGGCACUGUCUGUGAUGACUGACAUCAACUUCCCUAUGAAGGGCCGUAAAGGCAUGGUGGACUGGGCCAGGAACUCUGAGGACAAGGUGGUUAUCCCCAAGGGCAUCUUUCUACCACAGUCUGCAGACAUGGAUGGAUCACCUGUUUUCAUCCUGGGGACAGUCCUGUACAAGACUCUGGGACUGAUGCUGCCUUCACCAAGGAACCACACGGCAGUGAGCUCCAAAGUCAUUGCUGUCACAGUGAGACCAGAGCCCAGGAUAACAGAGUCACACCUGGAGAUCGAGCUGGCUCACCUGGCCAACGGAACCCUGAGUCCUUACUGUGCAUUGUGGGAUAACAGCGUCAUGAACGAUUCUUGGGGAACCUGGUCGAGUAAAGGAUGUAAAACCGUACUAACCGAUGCAUCCCAUACAAAAUGCUUAUGUGAUCGUGUAUCUACCUUCGCCAUUUUGGCACAGCAACCAAGAGAAAUAACCAUGGAGUACUCAGCGGUCCCCUCUGUGACUUUGAUCAUUGGUUGUGGUCUGUCCUGUCUCGCCUUGAUCCUGUUGCUAGUGGUCUAUGCUAUUCUAUGGAGAUAUAUCCGGUCUGAGCGGUCCAUCAUCCUAAUCAACUUCUGCCUGUCAAUCAUCUCCUCCAACCUCCUCAUCCUGGUUGGACAGACACAGACACACAAUGCGUGGACAGACUACAUCUGA